AUGAAUUCAAUACUCUGGCGCGAUACUGUCGUCAACUUUGCACCCGUCUGGUGCGACAUCUCUUCCCGUAUUAUUGUUGCGUCCGCAGUGGCUAUCCCUGCGGCGUCAUUAUGCAUAAACAGGCGAUUGUACUGCAUUGCUACCAUCAAGUCUGUAAGCUUGUCGUGGGCAGAGAAGCGCAGAGCUGUUAUCAUUGACCUGACGAUAGGGCUAGGCAUCCCAUUGCUUCAAUUGAUUUGUCAAUACGUUGUAUCAGGUCAUCGUUUUGACAUUUUUGAAGGCAUCGGGUGUUAUCCAUACACAUACAACACCAUUGCUGCCUAUCCCUUGUCGGUUUUAUGGCCGCUGGUGAUCGGCUUAAUUUCCGCUGUAUAUUGUGUUCUAACUCUCCGAGAAUUUUUUCGACGCCGCGCUGAAUUUGCCGAGUAUCUCUCCGCGAAUCCCUCUCUCACCACGAAUCGUUACUUCCGGUUGAUGGCCCUCGCUUCCGUUGAAUUGCUUUGCACGGUGCCGAUAUCAUCGUAUGGUCUUUACCUCAAUUUAUCUGCAGCACCACUGUCUCCCUGGAUCAGCUGGAGCAACGUACAUUACGACUACUCUCAGGUUGACCAAUAUCCAGCUGUCGUAUGGCGUACGAGUAGGAACAGUCUCGUAGCUUUUGGACUCAGCACAUGGGCCGUGCCUUUCUGUGCAUUUGUAUUUUUUGGCUUUUUCGGGUUUGCAGACGAAGCCCGGAAAAACUAUCGAAAAACAUUUUUGUUCAUCAGCAGGCUUUGCGAUGUUGGCUCGCAUAAGCGACUAGCAGAUAGACCUUCGGCCAAGUUCGGAGGAUCAGUGAGAGUGGGUUGUAAUCUCGCUUCGACACCGUUCCCUCGUUGUCCACCCCCGGUUCUGCACCUCUCUCUUACUCCCAGCAUUGACUCUGCUGAGAAGACUGACUUGGCGAUGGAGGCCUCAGUCGCCCAGGUCGAACCGAGUGAUUCACGACCUCCAUCAGAUUGA